AUGAUUGAAUAUACUAAAAUCGGAUUUUUGAUUGCAUUCCUUCUGAGCACGAUGACCCAAAGCAGUGGUGGAGCCAAUAUAUUGGGAGUUUUCGGAACACACAGUCCUUCGCACGUGAUCGUGCAUAUGGCUGUGAUGAAAGCCCUUGCUGAUCGAGGUCACAACAUUACAGUGGUGACCCAGAUGAAACCGAAAUUGGCGACACAUGAAAAUAUUACCGUGAUCAUUGCACCGCCGACGGAGGAGAGACAGAGAUAUAUCAAAGAAUAUAUGGCUGAGGUAUCUAAUGAGAAACCUUCGUUCUGGGAGACCAUGGUCAAGGCGAUCGUCCAAUCUUCCAAUCAACUGGAAGGACAAUAUGAGUUUAUGACGCAUCCCAAUGUCAAAGAGAUCUACGAGAAUCCAAAGAUCAAAUUCGAUUUGGUGUUUUUGGGAUUGAUGGCCAACACCUAUCAGUUGGGCAUUGCUGCCAAGUUGAAAUGUCCGGUCAUUAUAUCGUGGGUGGGCAUUCCGCUGCCCUUCAUGGACACCAUUGUGGGUAAUGUCAACGAUCCAUCGUAUGUCCCGACCGUAAAUGUAGCCCUUAAUGCGGGUCAAAAGACCAUGGACUUUGGCCUAAGAUUUGUGAACUUUUUUAAAUAUGCCAUCAUGUGCGUUUUUGAGACAGUAUUGGACUAUAAGAUGAACCAGUUUUACGAGCGAGCUUUUGCUAAUGAAUUGGAGUUUCCAAACUAUCAUGAGAUGAAGCGACGAGUUUCCUUGUUGUUCUAUAAUUACCAUUCCGCCAGCGAAGGACCCAUCAGACCGACAGUACCUCAAUCGAUUGAAAUUGGCGGAAUACAAGUAAAGGAGCAGGCCGAUCCUCUGCCCAAGGAGUUGGCCAAGUUUCUUGAUAAGGCUGAUGAGGGCGCGAUAUUUUUCAGUCUAGGAACUAAUGUGAAUACGAAUACCUUUCGACCCGAUACCGUUGAUAUCCUGUACAAAGUGCUAUCCAAGUUGCCACAGAGAGUUAUUUGGAAGUGGGAGGACCUGAAAAACAAGCCAGGAAAUGCCUCCAACAUAUUCUUCGGCAAUUGGCUGCCCCAGGACGAUAUCUUGGCCCAUCCGAAUACGAAACUAUUCAUAACCCAUGCGGGCAAGGGCGGUGUGGCAGAGGCUCAAUAUCAUGGAGUUCCCAUGGUCGCGCUACCGAUCUUUGGCGAUCAACAGGGAAAUGCUGAAAUCAUGACAAAAUCUGGCUUUGGCCGAUGGUUGGAUAUUCUCACAAUGACGGAGCAUGAACUGGAGCAGACUAUCCGUGAGGUCCUUGGGAAUCCCGCGUAUCGUGAGACGAUUGGAAAGUUCUCCACCCUUUACAGGGAUCGUCCGUUAACAGCCCGUCAAUCGGUCAUCUACUGGACCGAGUACGUAUUGCGUCAUCAAGGAGCCCUUCACCUGCAGAGUCCCCUCAUUCACACAAAAUUUGUGGCUCGAAACAAUCUCGAUGUCUAUGGAGUAGUUCUCCUGGUCAGUCUUCUACUCAUAGUCACUAUUAAGUUUCUAUUUCGCAAGAUUUUAAAUGUUGCGAUUGGUUACGGUAGUCAGCGGAAAGCGGUGGCAAACAAGCUUAAAAAUAAUUAA